ACAUCGAUCACAAACUAAAAAUUCCCUCUUUCCCUCGUUUUCUGCUCUCUCAUCUCUCGGCGCCCACUUUCCCUCAAAAACCCUCCACUCCCACCCUAAACCCCACACCACUUUCUCUCUUAGAUCUCCAUUAUCUCCGUACCCGAUUGUCUUGGGCUCACUAACCAUGUCUGGUAGUGCUCGAGCCUCCACUCACCCGCCGACUGCGGCUGCUGCGGCGGCGGCGCCUCCGGGUGGUCCGAUCCUGCCCCCACUGAGACGGCACCUCGCCUUUGCCACAAUGAAGCCUCCGUUUGUCCCUCCCGAUGAUUAUCAUCGUUUCACGUCCCCUACUACUAAUAGAGCCGCCGCUGAUCGGGAAGCUGAGGGCAUUCUCGUGAGGUCUCCCCUCUUAAAACGAAAGAGUGGCUCUGAUGAAAAUGGAGGUGACUCUAGUGAGUGGGCUAGCAGUUCUGGAUUUGGUGAUGUAUCUAAUAGUCCCUUCAGAACACCUGUGUCUGCAAAAGGGGGAAGGAAAUACAACAGAUCAAAAGCCUCAAAGGGCACUAGGUCAGGACCUCAGACCCCAGUGUCAAACAUUGAUUCUCCCUCGCCUCUUACACCAGCCGGUAGCUGCCGUUAUGACAGUUCCCUAGGUCUUCUGACAAAGAAAUUUGUCAAUCUAAUUAAGCAGGCUGAAGAUGGUAUUCUUGACCUAAACAAGGCUGCAGAAACUUUGGAGGUGCAAAAGAGACGGAUAUAUGACAUAACAAAUGUCUUGGAAGGAAUUGGUCUCAUUGAGAAGAAGCUCAAGAACAGGAUACGUUGGAAGGGUGUUGAUGCUUCAAGGCCAGGGGAGGCAGAUGGUGAUGCUUGUUCAUUACAGGCAGAAAUUGAAAAGCUUUCCAUGGAAGAGCAUGGACUAGAUGAUCAAAUAAGAGAAAUGCAGGAAAGAUUGAGAGAAUUGAGUGAAGAAGAGAACAAUCAAAAGUGGCUUUUUGUAACUGAAGAAGACAUUAAGAGCUUACCUUGUUUCCUGAAUGAAACCCUCAUAGCAAUUAAAGCUCCCCACGGAACUACCCUGGAAGUCCCUGAUCCUGCUGAGGCUGUUGAAUAUCCACAGAGGAGAUACAGGAUAAUCCUCAGAAGCACAAUGGGUCCUAUUGACGUUUAUCUUGUAAGUCAAUUUGAGGAAAGCUUUGAGGAGAUGAAUGGUGAGCCAUCUACCAGGAUCCCACAUGCUUCUAGUUCUGGAUCUAAUGAAAUCCCAGCAAAAGAGAUAAUCAAUGAGCAGAGAAUCCAGAAGAGGGAUGAACUUCAGGUGCAACAAGUUAACAAUUCUUUCCUUGAUCUUGAUGCUUCACAAGAGCUGACUGGGGGAAUGAUGAAGAUUGUUCCCUCAGAUGUUGAUAAUGAUGCAGAUUAUUGGCUUCUUUCGGAUGCUGAUGUUAGCAUUACAGAUAUCUGGAGAACAGACUCAAAUGUUGAAUGGAGUGAUUUUGAAAUCCCUGAUGUCCCCCAAGGGCACAAACCUCACCAUCUGGGAUAGGCGAAUCACCAUCUGCUGGAAACUCUACUCGGAGAUAAAUAUUGAUUUGGCUAAUGAGCUAAAACGAGAAACUCAUGUCUCUAUAAAGCAGCACAUUACAAUGCCAUCAGUUACUGCUUAAUGUGCCAAUGAGUUGCCUGUGGAGCGGAAACUGGAGAAGCAUUUUGGAAGAAGUUGACAAAUGGUAAGCUGUGAACUAGUCCUAUAUAGUAGUGUUUUGUUUUUCUGAGCUUAGAGGUCCAUCUGCAAAUAACUUGAAAAUAUGAAAAAUGAAUACCGAUUAAAAUGGAGGAAUGAUCAUUUGUGGAUUUGGAUGGUGGUAAUGGACAUGAUACACAGUUGAAUCUACAAGCUGAUCUGCUAUAAGAAGUGUUCACAAGAAGGUUGGGUAGCAAUAUCCCCUCCUUCAGAAUUGAUUUAAUUCAAUUGUAACUUCAAAUAAUUCAUUGGACUUCAAUUGUAAACAUUGCAUACCCCUUGGCUAUAGGAUUAUGGCCUUUUUUUUGGCUGAUUUGACUUUUACUUUUACUGCAUUUCAUCCUUAGGUUUUCAAUUAAAAUUUGAUGAUUGAUUGAACCUUGGAAAAUCAAUUUCUGCCUUUUUUUAAU